AGUGGACGAAUACAGUAUCAAGAAAUUGAGAACUGCGAGCGUGAGAUCACAUGACCACCAUCAUCACAUGAUCAUCAGAAAAUUCGAUCAACCAAGAUGGCUGUGCUGAAAAGCAGAUUUGUAGUAUGUGCUUUUUUAGCAGUGUAUAUCGGUUGUGGAUUGUGUGAGAAUACCUUCUAUGUGCUAAAUGCACCUACCUUUGUGAAGUUUGACUCAACUGCUGGACCUAUUCAGGCAAAUCAAGUCCAAGACAUCCUCGCCCUCUCAUUAGGGCUAUCUCCAUCAAAGGAUAUAGAGUGGGGUGGUUUAUUGACUGGAAAUAUAUUCAAACGUCCAAAAAGCAGUGUUAUAUUUAAUAUUGAGAGCCAAGAAGGCAGUAGAGUCAAACUCAAAAAUAUAGCAUCAUUCCCAAUUGCAAAUGAUCGUGUUGGUUUCGUAGAAACAAAUUAUUUAAUGACUUCCAUCUCGGUAGCAUAUCCGACACAGUCACCAAUUUUACUUGAUACUACUAUUGAUGGCAAGCUUUUUAGUUUAGGAUCUGAAUAUCCCAACAUAUUUGGCAGCUUGCCAGAUAGCUUGGAUGCAGUUCUACCUGCACUUCUUCACGGUCAAAGUUCAAUCCUUUAUAAACACGAUGCCCCAAGUCUGAACAUUUCAAAACCUGCACAUUUGCAAUUCUUCAGUGAAUUGCAGAUGCUUGAAGAGGUGCUAGUAUCACUAUUCAAGAACAAAGUAUUAGUGGAUGAUAGUGUACCUGACUCGAUGACCUUUGCUCUCUUUGGGUUGAGAGCAAUACAGGAGCAAGAUGGACUUAACUCAAUUGAGGCUAAAGAAGCUAGUACAAUACUAGAAUCAUUUCUAAUUGAGAUUGGCAACGGGUUUAUGGAAUUGUAUGACAAUAGUGUCAUUGUCACUGCAGUGACGACACAAAGAAUUCCACAUUUCCAGCAUCGUUCCGGAAGAUCUAUACUGCAGAAUACGCAGGACCCACUCACCCCUGAUGAUUUGAAUGUCGCAGAAAGAGAUGAAGAUUUCCCAGCUUUUUUCAACAUCAUCCUUUGGAUGUCAAUCAUUCUGAUACUCUUUAUUUAUGCCGUGGCCUACGGGAUGUGGUACAUGGACCCCGGCGAUACCAUCAUCUACCGAAUGACAAGUCAAAGGAUAAAAAUGGAUUAAAGUAAUUCUUCACAGAAUUGGAAGCUCUGUGUAAUUUCAUCACAAUCCUGAUGCAUUUAAUUUUUUGCAUCAGACCUGGGGAAUGGGGGGGGGGGGGGUAAGGGGAUCGACAGAGGGAAUGCAUUAUUCAUAGACUUGAUGCAUUUCAUCUUUCACAUCACAGAAUUUUGGGCAUUUCAUACAGUAUAUCAUUACAGAGAAAAAUUUACAUAGAUCCAUGGCCAUUGGGGCUAUAGCACCCAGAAGAAAAAAGAAAAAACUAAAUGAGGAAGAGAGGAGAGAGGAAAACAAUUUUAUUGAAUGCGCAGUAUUAUACCUCUAUAAAAGUUUGCGUACUUAUUAAUUGUAUUUUACAAUCAACUAUACCACUCUAUAUGGCCCUGAUUUUUCUCAGGAUCUCUCAGGACUAAAAUACAUCUUCGCAUACGUCCCGUAGUGAUGAUGAUUAUGAAAAUUUCUGAUAUUUAAUUUUUUAAGAGGUGCAUUGCCUGAACAUUCACAAACCUAAUAUUUAUUUGAUAUUGUCAAUAUUUUAUUUACAGUAUAUCUUUUUUUAAAUAUUAAAUAAUUAUGUUGUUUUUUUUCUCUCUCAAAACUAUAUUUUUCAUUAUUAAUAUUACUCAUCUUUUUUAUCAUAAUAAUAUGUAUUCAUUUUUUAAAUAAUAGAGAUUGGUUAUCUGGUUUAGCAUUUAUCUGGUGCUAUCCAAAUGACAUUUAAAAUUCUGAACUUACUCCCACCAACAAAAUUUAAACAAAGUUAAUCAGAGACAGUUGUGAAAUAGGUAAAUAUACAAUUUCAUAAAAAUUAUUAAAACAUCAUUUAAAUUUUUGUAUUUAGAUUUUGUUUUUAAAUUCCAUCACAUUCCAAAAGUGAUUUUAUGAAAGUUUUGUGACCAUAAUCUUCGGUUUGGUGGUAUUUUAAUUUACCGUAACUCAUGUAAAAUUAUUGCAUGUAUAUUCUGUUCAUAAAAAACACUAGAUACUGUAUGUUAAAUGUGAUGUUGGUGGGUAUCCAUGGUGAUUGAUAACUGUCAGUCUGAAGAAUUGUUUGAUGACAAAAAUGUACUGUAUAUUAAAAAUAGUUCACUGCUCAUAUUUUAGUAGGAAUAUUAUCUCUUGCUUACCUUAGCAGCGGUCUCAGCAACUGAUUUGGUCGCUGUCUUCAGGCUAAUGAACCCUUGGUUGAAUUGGGUCAUUCACGCUUAGGUCACCAAAGCAGUUGCUGAAACCGUUGCUAAGGUAACCAACUAAUUGAAUACGGAUGAUUUUUCUACUACACAUAUGGAACCAGAUGAAAUUCUUUAAUGUUUAUAUUUUGUUUCAGUUAUUGAUAUUAUUAUUGAAAUUGAUGUUUUUAUUAAAAAUAUUAGUAAGAUGUUUUGUCAAUUAUAAUUGGUGUACAGUAAUUACUGUAAACAUUAUUACUUUUGUUAUGCCAUAGAGAAAAUUUUCUCUAUGGUUAUGCAAAACGGUAAAAAGGGAAUAUUGCAUACUGGUUCGUUUGGUUGAGCUUAAAAUGGCUCAAAAUUUAUUAUUAAUUGCAAUAAAUAUAUUAACUGAUUAUUUGAUUAUAUCAUUAGGAACAGUUGUAAGAUAAAUAAAAAAAGAUUAUAAAUAUACCAGUAACCAUGUAAACUAUUAAAACCUAUUAGUAGUAUUUGAUAAAUGAAGUAAAUGUUAUUGUAUAUUUGAAGGUGUAUAGUGGUCAAUAUAGUGGUGAAUAAACUGUAACAGAAAAGUUA